AAGACCUAACCGGAUGUACCUAACCGACGAGAUCCAAAAAAAAAAAAAAAAAAAAGGUUUUAAGUGAAUAUAAUCUACUCGACAAUUGGUGUUUAUAUCGCCUCUGCGUGUCUGCUGUGACCCACUGCGAUUAUUUCUAGUCGGGGUUUGCUGUACAGGAAGUAAUUAGCCGUCAUUAGCUCAGACACUGGACUGUUAGCCACCGUGAAGCUAAAGCAGCUAAUAGUUAAAGCUUGUACUAAUUUAAAGACCGCGACAACAAGAGGCUCAGCUUGGAGCCACCUGGAUCUGCAGCAUCCCAAUCAGAACUGGAGCAGAAAGACAGAAACCAUCUCAUCCAUCAGAUGUUUGUGAUUAAAGAAGAGGUUUCCCAUGACUGGAGCUCCAGUUUGGACCAGCAGGAGCCAGAUCCCCAUCACAUAAAGCAGGAAGGGGAGGAAACGUGGAUCAAUCAGGAAGAAGAGCAGCUUUUUUGGGGCAGUAAAUACGAAGAGAACCCUCAGUCAACAGAGUUUCAACAAAUCAAAAAUGAAGACAAUAGAGACACAGAAGCUCCAGCCAGCAGUUCAGCCCAACCUGAUUGCAGUGGAAGGUGAAGGUCCAGAGCCAGACAGGAACCCAGUUCAAUUAUUUUCUUCCCAGAUCAGUAAAAUAACAGUUCACAAAAAAGGUAAAUCGUCUAAACAGUGCUCUAACCUCAAAGCUCAGAAUGCCACCCAAGCUGAAGAGAACCCAUUCAAUUGCAAUCUUUGUGGUAAACGAUUUAAACUUAAGGAUUCUGUUAAGACGCACAUGAUGAUUCACAGCGGAAAGAGAGAACAUAGUUGCGAUAUCUGUGGUAAAGAAUUUCUACGAAAGCGUUCUCUUCAAACGCACAUGAGAGUCCAUACUGGGGAGAGGCCAUUUUCCUGUGACGUCUGUGGUUCGAGAUACACGCUAAAGACCUCUCUGAAAAAGCACAUGAGUAUCCACACCACAGAAAAAACGUACGUUUGUACUGUGUGCAGCAAGGAGUUUUCACAGUUACAUAAUCUAAAGAAGCACAUGCAUGCUCACACAGGAGAGAAACCAUUUAUUUGUGGUGUUUGUAGUAAAGGAUUUUCAUUUUCUUACAGUUUAAAGUGUCACAUGCAAGUUCACACAGGGGAAAAACCAUUUAUCUGUGGCGUUUGCUCCAAAGGAUUUUCCCUUGCGUUCCGCCUGAAGCUACACAUGUUGGUUCACACGGGAGAGAAACCGUUUAUUUGUAUCAUUUGCAGUAAAGGAUUUUCACAGAAAGUUAAACUGACAAAACACAUGCGGAUUCACACGGGAGAGAAACCGUUUGUUUGCAGUGUUUGUAGUAAAAGUUUUUCACAGCACUGGAAUCUUAAGAGACACAUGUUUGUUCAUACAGGAGAGAAACCGUAUAUUUGUAGUGUGUGUUGUAAAAGAUUUUUACAACAUAUAGACCUGAAGAGACACAUGCGUGUUCACAUGAGAGAGAAACAAUUUGUCAGCAAAUUAUUUUGACAGCAUAAAAAUCGGAAGAAACACACUGAUGUUCACUAGGGCAGAUUAUUUUUGGUCGUUGACUAAUAUUUUUCAAAAAACAGUCAGCAGUUGAUUUUAUUCUGUAUCUGAUCUCUGUGGCCACAGCUUCUCUUCUCAGUAAUAGUGAUGAAGAUUGUUUUUGCACAUUUCUAUGCUUUUUGGGUGUUAAAAUCAAAGCUAUUAUGGGUUGCCAAAAGAUUGGUCAAAGAGUGGAUGAUUCUGCAGUGAAAAACACAUUUUUUUUCUUUUUACCGAUGGAACAAAAAUGUUUCAUAAAACAGAUUUUAAUAAUCUCUGCUUGUUAUAAGUUUACAUUAUUUAGCACUUUUUACUCCUGAUCUCUGUUGUCUAUCAUAUAACACCGGCUCCAUGUGAUACAGUUGCUGUAAAACAUUGUGGUGGAACUUUAUCUUUAGACUUAUAUUUUAUGGCAGGGGUGUGGGAGGCUGGAGCUCCUGAACUGAACUUGUUCAACUCUUGUUGUGAGUGAUUUGGUGAAUGCAUGUUCCUUUCUGAGAUGUCUGAAUUUUCUCAGUUCAGAGUCAUGCUGUAGUGACAGUGUUGGAGUUUGUUGUUCCUCUGAUGCUUUUUCAGUUUUUUUGGAUGUUCAAUCAAAGAGAAGAACAAAGGCAAAGAGGUUGAAA